AUGCACAAGGUAAGCCGUGUAAUGACUGCCGCAGCGGCUGCCCCCACUGUUGGCACUCGCCCAGGACGGCAGGCUCUACAACAGACACGCCACAGUGUUCAGGGAUCGUUUACGCUCUCCCCUUUGCCGUCCUCCUCGCCACUGCUGCGCCUCUCCACUUCGCAUCUGAUGACCACAACUAUCUUUCCGUGGGUGCAACGCUACCCACACUCUCUCGCGAUAGCGGUGCGUCUUCACGCUGCGCCGAGUGGCGAGGCCGUAGUAACCUCCGCCAGCGCAUCUGCAACUUCACCCAGAACUUUGUCCUCCAGUGGCAACCUCGGCAGCGACGAUGGCAUGUGCAUUGACCCACGCCGCCUCCCAAACACCAUCCCUGGCAUUACGCAGGAAGAGCUGGCGGCGCGUAUCACGCAAUAUCACGCACAACAAGCAAAACUGGCGCGAGAGAUGUCGGCCAAAGCGCUAGCGCAUGAUGUGGAACUCAUGCGUCGCUCGAUGACACCGAACUCCUUUGCCGAGUACAUGGUGCGUCUGGAAAAGGAGCAGCAGGCAGCUGUGAAAGAGGAGGCGAAGAUGGCUGCCAUGUCCCCAGUUGAGCUGCACCAGUACCGCCAAAAGAAGCGCCGGCAGGCUGUCCGGUACGAGUGGUACAAAACAUUCUUGUUACUUUCUUCACUUGCUGGCAGCACCGUCUUCCUCUUUUCUUUGUUCAUUUUCUUCAAGUAA